GGUGGGGGUGCAGGAGAGCCUGGCCUCCCAGCUUGCCGGGCACAAGGCCGAGCAGGAGGAAGCUAGAGGCGUUGGAGAGGGCAGUGCUUUGCCUUCACCCAAGUGACCAUGAGGGGUGCCGUGCAAGUCUCAAUCAUUCUCCUCCUAGUAACUGUGUCCGACUGUGCUGUGAUCACUGGGGCCUGUGAGCGGGACGUCCAGUGUGGCGCAGGCACGUGCUGUGCCAUCAGCCUGUGGCUGCGAGGGCUGCGGAUGUGCACCCCACUGGGGCGGGAAGGCGAGGGGUGCCACCCUGGCAGCCACAAGAUCCCCUUCCUCGGGAAGCGGCAGCACCACACCUGCCCCUGCCUGCCCAACCUGCUGUGCUCCAGGUUCCUGGACGGCAGGUACCGCUGCUCCAUAAACUUGAAGAACAUCAACUUUUAGGAGCUUUCCUGGCCUCAGGAUACCCACCGGGCCUCUUCCUGAGCACAGCCAAGGGGGCUCUUCUGGAUUUUUAUUUCUACCUUGUGACCAGGCUUCCCCCAACUCCAUACACUGGUCACUCUGAUCCCUCCUGCCUAGUACGCACGUAUGCACGCACCUCCCACUGUGACACGGCCCACCAGGCCAGCCUGAGGGCAUCCCAGCCUGGGGCUGUGGCCCUGGGUGGUGGCCAGCCUGGUUCUCUUCUCUGCCCUGAGUGGUUGUAAAUGGCAGAAAGGACGUCCGCCUCCUCUCCCUGGGUGACCUGCUCUUCUCCUGGCCCUGCCCCCCUCCCCGCACGCGCUUUCUCCCUGAAUUAGACGUUCCUGAGCGCAGGCCCUUGUGCGCUUCGCUCCGAGUCAGAGGACCGACCUGAGGGUUGCUCAUCUUCCUUUCAUUGAUUAAUUCCUUCCUUUUAGACUACAGGCCCAAGGCGAGCUCUUCCCAGACGGUAGUGGACAGUCAUCUCAAGGCAGCUGUGGGAGCCAGGGAGGUCACUCAGCCUCCUGAAGGCUCUGGUCUCAGCAAGCCUGUGGCCUGUGACCUGUGACCUUCGGCCAGCCCACCAGGCCAGAAUUGCAAUGCCUCUAAGGCCCCUCCUAACGCCUUGCCAGUGAAGCGCCCAGUGCCCACUGCCCCCGCAUUAACAUGCCAUCUGACACUGGCAUUUUAGAAAGCAGUUAGGGAGUUACCUCGAACAGCUCCUUUCCAAGGACCAGCCCCUGAGAGCAGGUCGUGACCUUGAGCUGGGCAGUGCUCCGCCAGGCUGCAGAGAGAGCAAGAAGAGACGGGAGGGAGCAGGGCGGGCUGAAGGGGGCAUGGAUUGCAGAC